AUGGCGAAGAAUAAUGUUGAAGGGUUUGAAUUGGAACAGAGUCACGGGAAAGAGAGAGUAAGAGUAGCUCGCGUUUGGAAGAGCAAAGAUGGUCAACAACACUUCGUUGUUGAGUGGCGUGUUAGCAUCAAUCUUGUUUCCCAUUGCGUCAAUUCCUAUAUUCGCGAUGAUAAUUCCGAUAUCGUCGCUACUGAUACCAUGAAGAACACCGUAUAUGCAAAAGCAAAGGAAUGUUCAGAAAUGCUUUCUGUGGAGGAGUUUGCCAUUCUACUUGCCAAACAUUUCACAUCAUUUUAUAAGCAGGUUACCACUGCUAUUGUAAAAAUUGUGGAGAAACCGUGGGAGCGAGUUAGUGUCGAGGGUCAACCUCAUAAACACGGUUUCAAACUUGGAUCUGAGAAGCACACAACAGAGGCAGUAGUAAACAAGUCUGAUGCACUGCAAUUGACUUCUGGUAUUGAAGGAUUGUCUGUGUUGAAAACAACCCAGUCUGGUUUUGAGGGUUUUGUAAGAGACAAGUAUACAGUGCUUCCUGACACACGCGAAAGGAUGCUGGCAACAGAAAUAACUGCCCUGUGGAGGUAUUCAUAUGAAUCAGUAUAUGAUGUCCCUCAGGAGCCCUUUUAUUUUACUGACAAGUAUCUGGCUGUGAAAAGAGUUCUGCUCGACACUUUUUUUGGCCCUCCAAAGGAAGGAGUCUACAGUCCAUCUGUUCAAAGCACUCUCUACCAGAUGGCAAAUGCGACACUAAACAGGUUUCCUGACAUAGCUUCUAUUCAACUAAAGAUGCCAAAUAUUCAUUUCUUACCAGUCAAUCUCUCAAACAAGGACGGUCAGAUUGUAAAGUUUAAUGACGAUGUGUAUUUACCAACGGACGAGCCACAUGGAUCAAUUGAAGCUAGCUUGAACCGCAAUAGAUCAAGGAUGUAG